UGCACAGUGGGAACCCGGCUGGCAAGCUGGUACAGCCAGGUGCCCACACCUGGAAUACAGGAUGGCUGGCGAAAUGGGCUGCAGCAGGGGCAACGUGGGAUCGUGGGACAGGCGUACGUUACAUACUUACUAAUCGUAUGCUCAAGUGUGACGUUUUUCAUGGAGAAGAAACAAGCCAUCUCUUAUCAUAUUCAGAAUAAAGAUUUGUAUUUUGAAACCAUUCAAAAGAAAUUUCAGAAUUCAGAAGUCAUUCAAGAGAAUGAAUUGACACCAAUGUUUUAUCUGUGUGAAACUGAGUCAGAUGUGCAGCUGGUGAAGAAAUGCCUCCUCAGGUUUUAUGAAGAAACAGAGACAGUGAAAUACAAGUUUGGACCGCUCUUACUUCGGGUGUGCUAUGUGUUAGAUCUAGUAGAUACUGCAUUUGAACUGUUGAUGGACAAGUCUUUCAGGGGGGCGUUGUCUGAUCCCGUAUCAUACAAUUUAUUGUUGGACUUGCUGUACAAACAUGGCCAGUAUGAAAGAGCUCUGGAAGCACUACUGGACAUGAAAAUCCAAUGCUUUCGUCUAAAUCGAAUUACAUAUUUUUUGGCGUUUGCCAUAUGCUACAAACUGGACAACCCACGAUCCUUGGAGACAUGUAUCACUCUUUUUGAGCAAUCUGUAAUGGAUGGAAUUCUACACUCAAGAAUCUCUUUGUGUUUUAUAGUUGCACUUGCUUUAAAACAGGAGACUAUGGAACAGCUUGGUCUAUUUUUCAGAGGAUUGAGAAAAAAGACAUAUUGCUCUGCUACAAUUUGGGUCUUCUGUUAGCUGCCAGUUUAAAAAAUGAGGAAGAAGUGAUGCAGAUACUGGAAACUGAAAGUGAGACGGCAAGCUUUAACUCACUUAAAGUUCAAUUCUCCAAAGAAGUAAUGGAUGCCGUACAAGAAAAAUUGCACCAUACAGGUUCAUUUACAAAAUUUAAAGAAAUGUAUGAAAAACUUGGACAUUCUGGACAGAUCUGCACCUUAACGCUGGAUGAUUUGUUGCACACCACUGCAGAUCUUGUAGAGAAGCAACAUAAAAAAAUGCAAGGUGUGGCCUCCAAUAAUACUCUGUAA